AUGCUUCAACAAUUAUUAUACAUUUUUCUUAUUAUAUUUAUUUCAUCAUCGAAUUCAAAUCGUCUUUCAUUAAUUGGUAAUAAUUGGACAAUAACUAAUAAUAUAAAUCAUACAGCACAAGGUACUAUACCUGGUACAAUUCAUACAAUACUUUUUGCUGCCAAACAAAUUCCUGAACCCUAUUUAGAUUAUAAUGAUCUUGAUUUACGUUAUUUGAUCUAUAAUAACUGGACAUUUACAAAAAAAUUUGAUUUAUUCUCUGAUUUUCUUGCUUCAAAUCAAAUUACAAUACAUUUGGAACAAAUUGAUACUGUUGCUGCAAUAACAAUAAACAAUUGUCUUAUUGGUAGAACUAAUAGUAUGUUCAUAUCUUAUACAUUUCAUGUUGCUAAUUCAUGUUUAAAAUUUGAUAAUGAAAUUUCUGUUGAUUUUGAAUCUCCCGUUCUUUAUGCAUUAAAACAAGCAAAUACAUAUAAUGAUACAGUACCACCAGAUUGUCCACCAUCAGUUGUACGUGGUGAAUGUUACGUACAAUUUAUUCGAAAAGAACCAUCAUCAUUUGGUUGGGGUUUUGGUCCAACUUUCGCUCCUAUUGGUAUAACAGGUGACAUAUAUCUUGAGGCAGUAAAUACAACUGAAAUAGUUAUUCAACUUGAAAGUGUUAAUGUUGCUUCCUAUAAUGUAAAAACUAAAUCAUGGCAAGUUGAUGUUCUAUUAAGUAGUAAUAAUGAUCAAUUCGAGAGUAAAAUAAAAUUUAUCUUAGAAAAUACAACAUGGUCAUAUGAAACACUUGUCAUAUUUAAUCAUAAUCUAUCAAUUACUGUAUCAAUAUCUGAUGAACUUAUUUCACGUUGGUGGCCAAAUGGAUAUGGUAAUCAAUCAUUAUAUAAUUUUGUUGUUUUCAAUCAAGAAAAAGUAAUUGACUCACGUUUAAUUGGUUUUCGUACUGUUCAAUUAGUUCAAAAUAAAUAUAGAACAGGAAUAAAUGGAACAUCAUUUUAUUUUGUUAUUAAUUCUCAAUCUAUAUUUAUUAAAGGAAGUAAUUGGAUACCAUCAGAUUCAUUUCAAGAACGUGUCAGUGAUGAAAAAUAUGAACGUUUACUUCGUUCAGCUCAAUUAGCUAAUAUGAAUAUGAUACGUGUUUGGGGUGGUGGAAUUUAUGAACGAAAUUCAUUUUAUGAACUAGCCGAUCGUUUAGGUAUUAUGUUAUGGCAUGAUUUUAUGUUUGCAUGUAGUCUUUAUCCUGUUAAUGAUGAAUUUUUAAAAAAUGUUCAUGAUGAAGUUAUUUAUCAAGUUAAACGACUUCAAUCACAUCCAUCGAUUGUCCUUUGGUCUGGUAAUAAUGAAAAUGAAGCUGUUAUUGCAGAAAAUUGGUAUAAUGUAUCGCAAGAAAAAAUGAAUAAAACAAAAGAUGAUUAUAGAAAAUUAUAUAUUCAUACUGUUAUGAAUGCUAUUCAACAAGUUGAUCAAGGAAAUAAUCGACCAUUUGUUAGUUCAUCACCAUCGAAUGGACUUGAAACAAUAGCUGAAAAUUAUAUUGCUCGCGAUCAUGAAGAUUCGCUCUAUGGUGAUGUUCAUUUUUAUGGUUUAUCAUUAUCGUAA